AACAAGGUAAGACUAGGAGCAAAACUGGUUAUGACUCGGUGUGUGAGUCGACUUUUGAAGCAGAGAACAGAGAAGAGAAAUUGAGGUAACGAUGGCACAUCAAGGAGAACCAAUGAAGCUACGAUGGGGAGAACUCGAAGAGGAUGAUGGAGAAGAUCUUGACUUUCUUCUGCCGCCAAGGCAAGUCAUAGGCCCUGACGAAAACGGCAUUAAGAAAGUCAUCGAGUACAAGUUCGACGACGAUGGAAACAAGGUCAAGAUCACCACCACCACGCGCACCCGCAAACUCGCCAACGCCCGUCUCAGCAAACGCGCCGUUGAGAGACGCUCUUGGCCCAAGUUCGGCGAUGCCGUCCACGAAGACGUCGGUAGCCGCCUCACCAUGGUCUCCACCGAAGAGAUCCUUCUUGAGCGUCCCAAGCCUCUUGGUGCUCAAACGGAAGAGCUGAAGACUGCUGGAGAUCCAUUGGCUCAGUUUCAAAAAGGUGCUGUUCUCAUGGUCUGCAGGACUUGUGGGAAGAAAGGUGAUCACUGGACUUCAAGGUGUCCAUACAAGGAUCUUGCCCCACCAUCUGAGGGAUUUGUCGAUAAGCCUGCGGCAUCUGAUGUUGUGGCUGCCACAACUGGUUCAACCAAGGCAGCGUAUGUGCCUCCUGGAAUGAGAGCAGGUGCUGAGAGGACUGGAUCAGAUAUGCGACGAAGGAAUGAUGAGAAUUCUGUCCGGGUUACAAACCUCUCCGAGGACACAAGAGAGCCUGAUUUGCUUGAGCUGUUCCGUCCUUUUGGUCCUGUGAGCAGAGUAUAUGUUGCUAUUGAUCAGAAGACUGGCAUGAGUAGGGGGUUUGGCUUUGUUAACUUUGUCAACAGGGAAGAUGCACAAAGAGCUAUCAACAAACUCAAUGGAUAUGGCUAUGACAAUCUCAUCCUUAGAGUUGAAUGGGCCACACCCAGAACAAACUAAGUUUGCUUUAAAAUGGUAUAUUGAAGGCCUAUCUAUUUUUGUAAUCAGAGUCCUGUACUGUCUGCUUUCUUUGAGAUAAUUUUUUAUUUGAAAGUAAUUCACUCUAGAUCUCUUGAUAAUUAUUGAUAAACACUCAAACAGAGUAUCAUUCUACUCAUAUAAAGUAUUAUUUUGGAAGUGAAAAUGGUUGAUAUUAGUCUAGACUUGUAGGGUCUUUGUUUUGUUGUCAUCCUUGUUCUGGUCUAAUUUGGAGGUUCAGUCAUUGUCUUUAGUGCUCUGUGUUGGUCCAAUAUGGAGGUUCUGCUAUGUUCUGGUUCUGUGUCUUGCCUUCGUCCCUUGCAUCUUGUCCUUGCAGCUGCUGGACCAAGUCUGCUUCAGCACUACAAUUCUGGCCUGUUGUUAAUAUGAUUUUUAAAAGAAAUGUGUUAUUAUUGACUUAAACUAAACCAAAUCAACCUUUGUUCAUCCGUUUGAUUUGGUUUAGGUUUGACAAAAGUGGAAAAUUGGAAAAUUGAGUCAAUUGAUUUUGAU